CUGUGUAUCGCAUGUUUGGCGUCUCAGUUUGAGUCUCAGAGAUUGAGUAAUACAUUCUAACACGGACAUCAUCAUCAUCAUCAUCAUCCUCAUCAUUAUCACUCUAACAGCUUUAAUUCACUGACAGCUUUUACUGCGUGGAUCGUGACGCAAAAGUUUUCUUUUACAUUUCAUCUACCUGCAAAAGUCUGAUAAUCAGGGUUUGGGAUUUUUUGGAUGGUUUUGAUCGUUUGUAUGUCCAUGUGAGAGACACUGGAGAGUUUAUAUCCGAUAAACGCGUCAGAAUGUUUCUUUGUGUGUAUAUUAAGAGUUUGUUGUGGGUUUUGACUUUGUUGGAGUUUUGCGUUCGUGCUAUUGAGGCUCAUGAAUGCGCGCCGUGCUCCCUGCGCUCGUGCCCGCGGCUGAGUCCGCUCGGGUGUGAUUCGGGUCGGGUUCUGGCUCGUGACCCGUGCGGGUGUUGCGAUCAGUGUUCUCGGCUGGAGCUGGAGUUGUGUGGCGGGGCAGACUGGACUCUGGGUUACUGCGGCUCCGGACUGACCUGCACGGCUUUAAACGGAACCGGACCGGUACUUAUACCUGCCGCAGGUGUCUGUAAAGUGGUACCUGAUGGUACAGAUGCAGAUUUGGAAGAUGUUGGCUGUUCUCUGGUGAGCGGCUGUGAUCGUGUCAACGAUGAAUGUGUGUGUGAAUCCAAACACUCGUGUAUCAGGACGUUCAGCUAUCCAAACAGAGACGCAUGUGUCCACGCUGGCCGAACAGGGUCUCAUCGUCAUGAUCACGAACACGAGGAGAAGUUUGUAGGUCCUGUAAAUGGGGCGUGCAUGUUUUCAGGCUGUAACCUGACGUCUCAAGGCUGUGUUUGUUCAUCGCAGAGCUGCUAUGAUCACUUCACGUACAACAACCGCAGUCAGUGUCAACAAGCAGCAGAGAAAUUGAAGUGUGCUGAUAUCAGCUGUCCACCUCUGUCCACCCCUGAGUGCCCGUCUGAUUCAGUACUGACACACAUCUACACUCCACCUGAUGAAUGCUGUCCUACAUUACCUGCUCAAUGUACGUGUGCCCCAUGCCCGUCUCCACCCGACUGCAGCGGCGCUCACAGAGUCGUACAGCUCACACAGCCCAACGGAGCUCCUGGAAACUGUUGUCAUACCUACACCUGUCAAAAAGUUUCCUCCAGGUGUGUUUAUAAUGGUCAGGAGUAUUCAGAAGGUGAUGUGUAUCGUACGGACCCGUGUUGGGUGUGUCAGUGUCGAGGUGGGAUAUCGUUCUGCUCUAAAGCUGAAUGUGCUGAACUGGACUGUGAGAACUUUUACGUUCCUGAGGGUGAAUGUUGCCCCGUCUGUACAGAUGUGGAGCUUCUGUCGGUGGAGAGCACAAAGGCGAGCUGCUGGCUGAACCACAAACUGAGAGCUCAUGAAGAACAAUGGAAGGAAGAUGAUUGUACGUUCUGUCAGUGUGUGGAUGGAGAACCGCACUGCACCGCCAUGGCCUGCAAACUGAGCUGUCAGAACCCGGUGAAGAUCGCUGGAGAAUGCUGUCCGUUCUGUGAAGAGCCCUCGUAUGAGACCGUUAGUCCUGUGAUUUGUCCUCGGCUGAAGAACUGUUCUCUGUCCGGCCACGACUGUCCUUUCGGUUUCCAACGGGACCGCAGCGGAUGUCUUCUGUGCCAGUGUGUCAGCGAUGAGACGUGUCCAGUUUUUUCCUCUUCCUGCUCUCUGGAUUGUCUGAUGGGUUAUGAGAAGGACAGUAACGGUUGUGAUCUGUGUGAAUGUAAAACAUCCACAGUCAAGUGUCGACCUUUGACCUGCAGUAAGAUCUGCCCUCAUGGAUUUGUGAGGAACAAACAUGGCUGUGAAAUGUGUCGCUGUGUUAAAUGUCCACCGUUCACCUGUGACAGACAUUGCAGUAAUGGUUAUAAGACAAACAGAAAGGGCUGCAGUCUUUGUGAAUGCAAAGAUAUAGAAAAGCCUGAGCCCAGUGUCUGUAUGACGGCCGACGGUCGGCAUUUUAACGAAGGAGACAGCUGGCACGAUGGCUGUAGAGAGUGUUACUGUAACGGCGGGCGAGAGAUGUGUCUUCUUAUUUCAUGUCCUGUACCCACCUGUGCCCACCCUGUCCUCAGAUCAGACCACUGCUGCCCAUCCUGUGACGCAGAUGAAUCGGGCAGCGGGCAGCCGGAUGGAUCAGAUAUGGUGGUGUGUCGAGCUCCGGGCGGCGAGCUGUAUGUGGAAGGAGAGACGUGGAGUUUGGAUGAAUGUAUGAGAUGUACCUGCAGACACGGACGAGUUCUCUGUGAUUCUGAAGUUUGUCCUCCUCUUCUCUGUCAUCAGCCAAUCAAAAUCAAAGACUCGUGCUGUCACGUCUGUCCAGAGGACGAGCUCAAUCCACUUCUUCCCGUCAACGGCAGCCGGCAACAGGAAUACUGCGUUUCUACUAACGGAGAAAUCCUAUUGGCCGGGGAUUCGUGGAGAUCGAACGCCUGCAGCAGCUGCACCUGUCGCAACGGGACGAUCGAGUGUUUUCACCAGCGCUGCCCGCCGGCCCGAUGUAGAGUUCCUGUCUUACGCAAAGGCCAAUGCUGCCCACAGUGCCUGGAAGUCACAACAACUUCAGUGCCAGUAGUGCUGUCGACCACAUCGGCCAAACCCAAAGUUACUGAGAGUCUGAAUACAUCCACACAAACUUCAGUAUUUACAGUAACAGAUCCGUCAACGGAGCGGCCGAUCCCUGGGGAGAUGAAUUUCAUCUACCAAUCGGCAGCCUGGAUCUUGGCGGCCGUCCUGUUGGUGGUGGUGAUGUUUCUCACCGUGAGCGUCCUCAUUAACAGGAGGAGAGAUUGCUUUCAGAUGUCCUGUUACAACGCACCCAGAAAGACGGUGAUCCUGAAGAAGCACAUCAGUAAAAACUCUGUGGUUCACAUGGAUCCAUCCAGAGAGAAUCAGUUUAACAGCAUGAAGAUUGAUUUCCCCGUGGACUCUGGAGAUCGGAUCACCAUCCCGAGAGCCAAACUCUCUAACGGACACGCUGAGGUCCAUCGCUAAACAUCCCAUCAUCAUCAUCAUCAUCAUCAUCUUCUGUCAUCUCAUACUUCACAAAAUCCCAACUGUACGCUGGUGACUCUUCAUCUGCUGCUGACUGUCAGGAACCGUCGGAGAGAUGAAUCUUCUUCUUCUUCUCCUCUUCUUCUGUGUUUCAGUAGCUUCACACUGUUUAAUAUAAUGCUGGAGAGAACUGUAAGAUUAUUGAUGCUGUAUGAUGAUGAGAUGACGUCUCGUGUCAGCAGCUCUGAUCAGACAGCUGGAAGUCUUUGGAUCAAACCUCUCGAUGGGUUAAAACCUAACUGACUGGAUCUUAAAGAUAUUUUGAGGCCUUACAGUACAAACAUCUCUGACUUCUACAAUCUGUUUUUCACAUUUAUUUUAUAAGUCAUAAUGGACUAAACAUGUGUUCAUAUGAGAUCUGUCAUAAACAGAAAGGUUUCUCUCAGUACAGUGACUCUUAAUGUGCAACUUAUAUAAGAGGUUUGGAAAAACAAUCCCACAAUGCAACGCAGCAAGCUCAGAUAAAAAUCAUCUAAGAUUUAGGAUGAAUCCAGUAAAAUCUAUUAUAUUCAAUACAAUAAGUUUCAUUUGAAAUAAAGUUCAAGUCGAGAUCUUUUUGAGACAAAACGGACACAAAUUAUCCAAAGUGUUUUGGUUCUCUGAUGAUGUCACUCGUGGGUUCUUACACCAAAGUGUUAUUGUGAAAAUGUUCACGAGCUCACAAUUGUUUUAAACGGCAACAAAAAUCUGUUUUCUAUGUUAUGAUCUGUUUAGAGUAUCUGGAGCAUUGAUAUCAUCUCCAUUUAUAGUGUUUAACAUCUGUGUAAGUUUAUCUGUGCUCAUGAUCAGAUACACGUCAUCUAAAUCACAAGAAAUAACACAUUUGUACAUAAAGAAAAUGUGAUUAUAUAUGAAAAGAUAUGAAGCUCAACUUCAGUUUGUCGUUGGUUUAAUGGAAACAUCAUUUCAGUUCUGUUUCAUGGUUAGUAUGCUAGGUUUUGUUGUACUAUCUGUCAAAUGUAUUACAGUAACUUAGAUGUUAUGAAAACUUGUAGGGGUUCUUGAAAUGUGAAAUGGAUGUGAUAUCGACAGCUUUACACAUAAAAUAUAAUUUAUAUAGAAAUAUAUAUAGACAAAUUCUCCAGGAUGAUUUAUUAAUCCUGAACCAUUCAGAUGAUGAUGAUGAUGAUGUUGAUGAUGAUGAUACCACUUUAGUAAAACAUGAAGCACAUCUGAAUGAUGCAGUAGAUGUUUGUAGUUCAGAAGAGAAACCCCAUCUUCAUCAUCAUCAUCUUCAUCAUUAGAUUAGUGUCAUUGAUAGCUGUGAGCAGAUGUUUCCUAUUACUACAUGUACAAAACACAUACACAUAGUAGAUUGACAUCUUAUUUAUUUUUUCAUAUGGUUAUUUAUUACUAGUUAAUUCAGUUUUGUCCUGGUUUCUGAUGUAGGCAGAGAAACACAAAGCUGCUAUACAGAUUUUAUAAACUUUCUUCUUUAUAGCGUAAUUAUUAUACAUGUAAAUAUUUACCUCUUAGAUGUUGAUCUGUAAUAUGUACACUUGUUUUUGAAAUAAAAAUGAAUUGUGUGGAAUUCCAGAAGUGACAUUUUUGGUUUUUAGGUCAUGAAAAUUCAUCAACUCGUGAUGAUGGGUCUGUGAUGUAAACUGGUUACUGUUUCUUAUACAACGUAAAGUUUUUGAGAUAUAAAGCAAAUUUUUGAGUUAUUGGAAACACUGUCUUUAAAUCUCGUCAUUGGAAAAGUUUAGUACCCGAGAAACCUUCAGUCCAUAUUCAGAGGCCAGUUGUUCAAAAGUCAUCCAUUUGGAUUUCAGCUAUUGGUAUUUGAUCAAAAUUUAAAAAUGGGUUGUUUAAACCAAAAAAUAGAUUCUGAAUUUUGAUAGAUUUUGUGAUCCAAUCUAUAGGUUUUGAUCUGAAAUCGUCACUUUGUUUUGUUUGAAAACGUUUUAGUAAGAUUGGGAUUAUUCUGAUUCCAGCACUUCUAAGAAAUGUUUACUAAAACUUAUAAACCAACAGUUAGUCUACAAUACAACAUUUCUAUAAUAUAAUAUUUUUACAUUCAUCCCUUUUUUAUAAAUUUUUCUUUUGAUUAGUUCAAUCCUCAUAAUAAUAAAGUGUAACAUUUGGCUACCAUUUAAACCUUCCAGUCAAUUAAGAAAGUUCAUAUAAAUCCCUCAUACAGCAAACAAAAAUAUCUAAUAUGAACAAAAGUCAUCUUUAACUUUAACUGUACAUUAUAUUGAUCACAAUCAUCAGAGACCACACGGUUAAAAGUAGUUUAAACAUCUGGCUAUAAACCUAAACUACUGAACAUUUAACCUCUUUAUGACUUAAAAUGCACAUGUUUGUGUAUAAUCUAUAAUGGUUUGGGUUUUGUGGGUCAGAAGAAGAGACUGAAUGUUGAAUUGAAAUAAAAAAUUAAGUGAAAGUUGUGUUGUUUUAUUGACUCUUCAAGUAAAAACACUUAGUGACCCCAUAAUGACCAUCUGCUGUUUUUUACAUAGCUAAUAGUUAACAUUGACAUGUGAAGACCAUUUAGUAAUCUAGAAUUGACAAUCUGAAAAAUUGUGUAACUGGAUCAAGGUGAUUUAAUCCAACUAGGACAAAAGUGAGCUGGUUUACCUGAUAGCAAAUCAUUGGAUUUCCAAAUCUGGAUGAUUUUGAUCCUGACAGCUAACCACAAGGAAAUUCAAGUUGUUCUGAUUGGUGUAAAAUUAG